AUCGAAUAUCAUACUAAUGUGACAAGAAAGAAUUCUAUUGCUGUUUCAAGAGAAAAACAUAAAAUUUUACCUCUGCCGUCGAGUCUAGGGAAUGUACUUAUGCGGAUUUAAACAUAUAUCCGCCAUAUUUUCACUUAAACAAUUUGAUUGAUUUGUUCGCCAUGUUCUGCUUUUGUUUAAAGUCUCUUUCCCCUCAACACGCUCUUGCAUUUAACCUAUAAAGAGGAAAAAAGAAUACCACUGAAAUGAGUCCAUAUGAACAGAGGAAACCCAUAGAUAGAGAAUUACAUCAUAUGUCAUGCUCGUUUUUGGCUCAUUUGAACCGAUCUACAAAGGAAAGAACCUAUCAAACCUCAACUUUUUUCUAAUGCAUAAACUUGACAGGAUCUCUACAUUUCUUUCUUGGACAAAUGUAGCUUCAGUUUCUAUCCCCCUUGAGGAUUCGAAUAUGUCCUCCGGCUUUGACACCUUCAACCCAGUUGUAGACAAUGCACCCAACAGUACAGUCCAAACUAAUGGGGAGCAUGGUUCCAAAGCACUACAGAUGAACCGGCAAAAGAAAUUCCUUCAAGAAUCUGACGAACACUUUUUAUCACACAGAAAUCUAUCUUUUGCACAUCAGUCCACAUGGUAAGAUGUCAAGGAAAGUCAAUGUCUAGCCGGCGUUGCUUAUUAUUAUACACAUUUCAGGUAGCUUCUCGGGCUAUAAGAAGCAGCAUGUCAUUUGCACCGGUGAGCAUCCUCCGAUUUCACACUUUUUCAAUCCAUCGUAUUGUAGCUUUACCUGAUUAUCAUGAGACUUGCUACAUUUAUCUCUCUCCUCUUCUUAGUCGGACUAGCUUUGGUGCACUCAGCCACCACAAAUGCCAAGGUAUACAUUUCGUUUUUGAGAGAGAGAGAGAGAGAGAGAGAGAGAGAGAGAGAGAGAGAGAUUUGUCUUGUACAUCUAAAUUCAUAGUUAUGAAAGAUUAUGUGUCGGGUUGAAUAAUCGAACCGUGCUGUUCGUAUUGUCCACUAAAUGCAUCAGUAAUUGUUUUUUUGAGGGGGUGCAAAAAUUGGAGUUUUCAUUUAUCACAACACUACUCUUUCCUUUCGACUUUAGACAUUAACCGCUAAGAAUGACAACCUCACUUCAGUCACUCGUUAAACCGCUUCAAUGAUGAACUACGAUUCUCCUAACCUGGUCUAGUGACUAAUUUCAUUGUUUUCUUUGUGCUCGGCUCGUAUGGGUGAAGGUGGGAUAAAGUUUAGAAUUGUCCUCUUCAUCAAACUUAGCAAAGCUCAUCAUGUUCUUCCUGUCUUUUCUCAUUGUUUUUAAACUUUGCAGCAUUACAUAGUUUACAUGGGGAGGCACUCCUAUCCUGAUCCAGAAUCUGUGAUCACAGCCAACCACAAGUUACUUGCAUCAGUGUCGGCAAGUCUUGAUGAAGCACGGGAGGCGGCAAUUCACCACUACAGCAAAAGCUUUAGAGGCUUCUCAGCCAUGCUUACAGCAGAACAAGCCCAACAACUUUCCGGUAAUAAAAUGCAUGUCCAACUAUCCAUAUGCAUCUGUUCAAGUUCACAUAUUUUGGUUUCUACCUCAAAUUGAUAACAAUUGCAUGAUUCGGGCACAUUAUAUAAAUUGUCCAAAGUAAGCUAACUGUUGUGCAUUAGGAGUAGUUGGGCUUAAUAUUUCUUUUUGAGUUGUGUUACAGAGAUGGAUUCUGUCAUCUCUGUGUUUGAGAGCCAGAUGAACAAAGUCCACACAACACAUUCAUGGGAUUUUCUAGGGGUAAACUCGCUUUACCAGUAUAAUCAACAGGGAACAGAAGCUAGUUCUGAUGUUAUCGUUGGUGUCAUUGACUCUGGGAUUUGGCCUGAAUCAGAGAGCUUUAGGGAUAAAGGCUUAGGUCUUGUUCCUGAAAAGUUCAAGGGACAAUGCAUCCUUGGAGAAAAUUUCACAUUGUCCUACUGCAACAGAAAGAUCGUAGGUGCCCGGUUCUACUUCAAAGGGUUUGAAGCAGAAAAUGGCCCUCUAGAAUCUUUCAACUUACCCUUCUUCAGGUCAGCCCGAGAUGCCGAUGGCCACGGGAGCCACACCGCAUCGACGAUUGCGGGAUCUGUGGUUCCAAAUGCCAGCUUAUUCGGGAUAGCCCAAGGCACUGCUCGGGGAGGGGCCCCAGGUGCAAGACUAGCCAUUUACAAGGCCUGUUGGUUUGGUCAAUGCAAUGAUGCAGAUAUCCUUGCCGCAAUGGAUGAUGCGAUAGACGACGGUGUUGACAUGCUAUCUCUCUCACUGGGUCCGACCCCUCCCCAACCAAUCUAUUUCGAGAAUUCCAUCUCGAUAGGAGCAUUCCAUGCAUUUAGGAGAGGGAUUGUCAUCUUGGCAUCUGCAGGAAACGCAUUUUUCCCAGGGACUGCUGUUAAUGUGGCUCCUUGGAUACUUACUGUAGCCGCUAGUUCCAUUGAUAGACAAUUUAGUUCGAAUAUAUAUCUCGGAAACUCAAAAGUUUUGAAGGGCUAUUCUUUGAAUCCUCUCAAGAUGGAAGCUUCGUAUGGGCUAAUAGCCGGGAGUGAAGCAGCUGCUAAAGGAGUUCCAGCCAAAAAUGCCAGCUUCUGCAAGAACAACACUUUGGAUCCUACCUUAGUGAAGGGAAGGAUUGUCCUGUGCAUGGUUGAGGUGUUGCUUCGUGAUGAUCGUAGAGAGAAGGCCUUUUCUGUGAGAGAUGCCGGCGGUGUGGGAAUCAUCCUUGUCGACCCAGUUGGGCAAGAUGUUGGUUUUCAAUUUGCAAUCCCAGGUGCUGUAAUUGGUCAGGCAGAAGCCAAAGAGCUUCAAUCCUACAUGGCAAUAGAAAAGUAUCCAACAGCUAACAUUGCACCAACAGUGACUGCCUUCAACACAGAGCCAGCACCAGCAAUGACGAUGUUUUCUUCCAUGGGACCAAACAUCAUAACUCCUGAUAUUAUCAAACCGGAUAUUACAGCACCUGGUGCGAAGAUUUUGGCUGCCUGGUCUCCGUUGGCGACUGAAAGCACGUCGGGUCGCCCUGUCAACUACAAUAUACUAUCAGGGACCUCUAUGUCUUGCCCCCAUACGGCCGCGGUUGCUGCGAUUCUGAAAUCUUACUAUCCUUCUUGGAGUCCAGCUGCUAUCAAGUCUGCCAUUAUGACCACAGCUACUGUCAUGGACAAUAGCCGAAACCCAAUCAGACGGCAUCCAAACGGCACACAGGCGUUGCCUUUUGACUAUGGAUCCGGACACAUAAACCCCGUUGCCGCAUUGAACCCAGGACUUAUCUACGAUUUCAAUUCUGACGACGUUAUAAAUUUCCUAUGCAGCAUUGGGGCAAGCCCUGCACAACUCAAGAACCUAACAGGAGAUCUAAUUUCCUGCAAGAACCCACUGACAUCGUCCUAUGACUUCAAUUACCCUUCAAUUGGGGUAUCCAACAUGAAAGGGAGCACAUCUGUUCACCGGACCGUCACUUAUUACGGACAAGGCCCAACAGUUUAUACUGCGGUCAUAAACUAUCCGCAGGGAGUUAGAGUUGCAGUGUAUCCUGCUCAGCUCAGGUUUACUCAGGCAGGGCAAAAAAUGUCCUUCAGGAUUGAUUUCAGUCCUUAUAAAAGCAGUAAUGGGAGCUUUGUGUUCGGAUCACUGACAUGGAGCAACGGUAUUCACAUUGUGAGGAGUCCUAUUGGUCUUAAUGUGAUUUCUAUGUAGAAUUAUCACUCCUUUGUAUUGUAAUCAAGUAUCAACUAGCUAUCUGAUUUAAAAUCCACGUUGGUACUGUAUCUGAUAUUGCUCAAAAUGUUAAACUCAUAAUUAUGAGUUUUUCACUUA